AUGGCCGCGGUGGCCGUCCUCCGGAACGACUCCCUGCAGGCGUUUCUCCAGGAUCGGACCCCCAGCGCCUCUCCCGACUUGGCCAAGCACUCGCCUCUGGCUCUCCUGGCCGCCACCUGUAGCCGCAUCGGGCAGCCCAGCGCGCCGGUCGCUCCUUCGGAUUUCCUGCAGGUCACCUACGAGUCGAGCUUGGGCUCCCCGUCCAGGAUCUUUCACCCGUGGAGCAGCGACAUGCCAGCCCAUUCCCCGGGCGGACUGCCUCCCCCGCCGCCGAGCCUGGGGCUGACUCCGCAGCCGGCUUUCGCGGGCGGCCACGAGCUGCCGCUGACGCCCCCCGCCGACCCAUCGUACCCUUACGAAUUCUCCCCGGUCAAGAUGCUCCCGGCUUCCAUGGGCGCCCUCUCCUCUGCCUGUCCCCCGCCGGCUUACGUGCCCUACGCCGCCCAGGCGGCCCUCCCGCCGGGCUACUCCAACCUGAUGCCGCCCCCGCCGCCCGCCCCUCAGUCCUGCCGGCAGCUCUCGCCGGCGCCCGAGGACCUCCCUUGGUGGAGCAUCCAACAGGCGGCGCCGGGGCCGGGGACUUGCGCGCAUCGCUUCGCGGCCGCCGGUGGGUUGCAGCGCGGCUUGGUCUUGGCGCCCUCGGAGCUGGCGCAGUACCAGUCGCAGCUGGCCGCCCUGCUGCACCCCAAGGCGCCCCUGGCGGCCACGGCCAGGAGGUGCCGCCGCUGCCGCUGCCCCAAUUGCCAGGUGGCAGCAGGCAACGGGCCCGACGCCACCGCCGAGCCCGGGAAAAAGAAGCAGCACGUGUGCCACGUCCCCGGCUGCGGGAAGGUCUACGGCAAGACGUCGCACCUCAAGGCGCACCUGCGCUGGCACACGGGCGACCGGCCCUUCGUCUGCAACUGGCUCUUCUGCGGCAAGAGCUUCACGCGCUCCGACGAACUCCAGCGGCACCUGCGGACUCACACCGGCGAGAAGCGCUUCGGCUGCGCCGAGUGCGGCAAGCGCUUCAUGCGCAGCGACCACCUGGCUAAGCACGUCAAGACGCACCAGAACAAGAGGCUCAAGGCCGGCCUUGGCCUCGGCCUCCCUGGGGGCGACGGACGCGCUUGCGCAAUCAAGCGAGAGGAGUCGCGGGACUUGUGA